AUGACAACCUCAAUCUUUGUUUUAGCUCUGCCCCAACUUUAUAACUACCAUGAUUUCUUCGAGCAAGCAAUAGAAAAGCUUCCGCUCUCUGUGAGCGGUGUUGAUGUUAUUGUAACUUCGAAAUUCGAGGACGCUGUACAGCUCAGUAGAGUUCUUCUGGUGUUGUACACACAGAUUAGAAAAACCCUAUUGAAUUCGAAAUUUACGUUUGAAUUUGGCAUCAAUAUUUACCCAAAUGACCUUUACAUAUGUCCUGUCAAAAAUUAUGAAGUUUUUCAUGUCCAGGGUGAGCAGGUUCCAGAAUGUCUUGGUCGGUUAAGCCUCAUAGGUUUGAAAGUACUUUUAUCCCCUAUUCAUGCUAGACAUGUGGAAUUGUCUACAGAAUCAAAGCUAUACUCAGCUGAAACGGUUGCCGUUGGAGGCACAUUUGAUCAUUUACAUGACGGUCACAAAAUUUUAUUGCUGGUGGCAGCCCUCACAGCCAGGGCGCGAGUAAUCGUAGGCAUCACAGGGCCCGAGCUUCUUCGAAACAAGAAAUACUCUUCCAAACUCGAGUCACUCGAAAUUCGAAUUUCAAAAACUCGACAAUUUUUGAAACGAUUAUUGCGGGGCGGCCAAAGGUAUGAAUUCUAUCAGAUAAGUGACGUGUGUGGGCCCACUGGAUUUAUUCCUGAUAUUGAUGCUUUAGUAAUAAGCGAGGAGACCAUUGAAGGAGCUGGUUUUGUAAAUUCUCGACGGGCUGAAUUAAGAUUUGCGCCUCUAAAAGUUGUAUGUGUGGAAGUCAUCGGUGGCAAAAGUUCUCCCAGUGAAAAGUGGGAAACAAAGUUAAGUUCCACCCAGUUGCGCAAAAUUGAGUUUGAAAAGACUAAUUUGUGA